UUGACAGUCUUCUCAUGCUGCUUCUGUCACCUUCUUGGUCAGAAGAUACUAUUUCAACUUAAACUCAGAAUGAUCGAAACAUACAGCCAACCUUCUCCUCGAUCAGUUGCCCCUGGACUGCCCACUAGCAUGAAAAUUUUUAUGUAUUUACUUACUAUUUUUCUCAUCACCCAGAUGAUUGGAUCGGCACUUUUUGCUGUGUAUCUUCAUCGAAGGUUGGACAAGAUAGAAGAUGAAAGGAAUCUGCAUGAGGAUUUUGUAUUCAUGAAAACGCUACAGAGAUGCAGGAGAGGAGAAGGAUCAUUAUCUUUGCUGAACUGUGAAGAAAUUAGAAGCCAGUUUGAAGGCUUUGUCAAGGAUAUAAUGCUAAACAAAAAGCAGACGCAAAAAGAAAACAGCUUUGAAAUGCAAAAAGGUGAUCAGGAUCCACAAACUGCAGCACAUGUCAUAAGUGAGGCCAGUGAUAAAACAACACGUGUUCUAAAAUGGGCCGAGAAAGGAUAUUACACCAUGAGCAACAAGUUGGUAACCCUUGACAAUGGGAAACAGUUGACCAUUAAAAGACAAGGACUCUAUUAUAUCUACACCCAAGUUACCUUCUGUUCUAAUAGAGAUCGUUCGAGUCAAGAUCCAUUUAUAGUCAGCCUCUGUCUGAGGUCUGCCAGUGGAACUGAGAGAAUCUUACUCAGAGCAGCAAAUGCCAACACUUCCUCCAAACCUUGUGGGCAACAAUCCAUUCACCUAGGAGGAGUAUUUGAUUUGCAAGCAAAUGCUUCCAUGUUUGUGAACGUGACUGAUCCAAGCCAAGUGAACCAUGGGACUGGCUUCACAUCUUUUGGCCUACUCAAGCUCUGAAGAGUGCGAACUCCCAGGCUGCAGUGGGGUGAAGCUGGAGGACUUCUUAAUAUAGCAAAGCAGUUAGGGCCACCUCCUGUUGAACUGCCUAUUUAUAACCCUAUGACCUUCCUCACAGAGAACUAUUUAUUAUGUACCCCGAGGCACAUAGAGCUGGAAUAAGUGAAGUACAGGGUGGGUGGAACUCUAAGAGACUCUGCUCCAUAAGAGCUUAUUUUCUGAAAUGGCAAUCCCCACUGAUGCAGAUGUGCAGAAGAUCCUAUGAAAUGACAAGGCCAUGAUGCACAGAUAAUUAGCUAAGUUCAGUUGUAUUUCUUUACAGAUAUUGUCUUUCAGUGAUGAUGCAGAAGGGAAACUGGAAGCUUCUGCUUACAUUCUAUUGUUAUUCACUCUGGCUCCUUGUAGAGGAAGCCAGGACAAGCUCUACAAAGACCCCCCCAUAAAUAACCACCUCCAUCUCUUUCUCUCUCUCUCUCUCUCUGGGU